AUGGGAAGAGAUCCGGGCGGCUGGAGCUGGUGUGUGUGCAUCCUGGGGAUUCUGGUCUCAGCGUGCUGGGGCAGCAGGCAGUGUCUGGAUGGGACGACAAUCAGUGUGGUUCUGCUGGAGGAUGACAAAUCUCCCUGGAGCCUCCGCUUUGUGCGAGAAGAAAUAAAGAAUGCCAUAGAGAAAGACACAGCAAUCAAUGCAGAAGAAGGUAUUAACCUCACGGCCGACUUCAGUGGCUUCAACACGUCCUACUAUCACUCCGGAGGCUGCCAGGCCUGUGAAGGAUUAGAGAGGAUCAACAACCUGAUGGAAGCCGACAGACUGGGAUGUGUUGUGCUCGGGCUCACCUGCACCAAGUCGACCCACGACAUUGUAGAUGCGAAGAUGGGCAUGUCGUUCAGAACGCCCAUCGUUUCGGUGGGGAGCUUCGGCUCCAGCUGCGACUUGGCUGACAACCUGCAGCGACUUCUGCCGCCCACACGCAAGAUCAUCGACUUCUUCUUGUACUUCUGGAGCUACGAUAACCAGAUGAAACCCAAGUGGGAGUCAGCCUAUGUUUACAAAAAAGACAAGAACACAGAGGAAUGCUUUUGGUACAUGAACGGACUCGAUAAAGGAGGGUUUUCAGCAAAGUUCAAAAUUGUUUUGCUUCACAAACCCCAUGAAGUGAUAAAUGCUCUGGCGUCGCCCAACAGAACCAGCAACCUGUUCAUUAUGUGUGGAUCACCACUGGACCUGCUGGAGCUCAAAAACGGCUCCAAAGAGGCGAACAAGAAGGACAUCCUCUUCGUCCUCAUUGACCUCUACAAUGACGAAUACUACAUCAACUCAGCGUCCCUGCCGGAGAUGAAGAACGUGUUGGUGCUGACGAUGCCCAACACCAGAAACUACACCAUCGAUAAAGACAACAAGGUGAUGAACGACUACAUAGCUGCGUAUCAUGACUCGGUGCUGCUGAUUGGCCUCGUGAUGAGGGAAAUCGCAGCUAACAACCGGUCCGAGAUGCUGCAGAUGGAGUACAUGAAGACGGAUUACUUCAGAAACAGAACGUUUUUGGGAACUGCAGGGUACUAUAAGCUGGACCAGUACGGGGACAGGGACGUCAACUUCUCCGUCAUUUACACCACAACCAACAACAAGUACAAGAUGCUGUACAGCUACAACACGGAGCUCAGCAACAUCACAGUGAAGGACGCGGGCCCUUCCUUCAUCUGGGGGAAUAGACUUCCUGAUCAUGAACCGCACAAUGGUUCCAGCAAUCACAACAUCAUCAUCAUCGUGCUGAGCGUCAUUGUGGUUGUUGUGGCCAUCAUCGCCUUUGUUUUCUAUAGACAGAACAAAAGAGACCAGCGGCUCAGGAAGGGCUGGUCCCACAUAGACACGGACCUCAUCACACUGGUGGACAACAAUGAGCUCAAUGUCGUCUCCCUCAAGAUCGAAGACGAGAAGAAAAACAGGAAGUUCAAGAUCCGGCGUGCAAUCUAUGAUAAAAAGAUUAUGAUUUUGAAGGAGCUGAAGAACUCAGAUGGGAAUUUCAAUGAGGACCAGAAGAUCGAGCUCAAUGCGCUCCUGCAAAUCGACUAUUACAACCUCACCAAGUUCUACGGCACGGUGAAGCUGGAUGAGGGUGUUUUUGGAGUGUUUGAGUACGGAGAGCGGGGCUCUCUCAGGUAUGUGCUGAAUGACAAGGUGUCCUACCCAGAGGAGACCUUCAUGGACUGGGAGUUCAAGAUCUCUGUCAUGUACGACAUCGCCAAGGGAAUGUCUUACCUGCACGCCAGCGACAUUCAAGUGCACGGUCGCCUCAAGUCCACCAACUGUGUGGUGGACAAUCGCAUGGUGGUGAAGAUCACUGACUUUGGCUGCAAUGCCUUCCUCAGCCCCGGGCAAGACUUGUGGACGGCUCCAGAGCAUCUCAGAAAUAUGGGAACCUCCCAGAAAGGAGACGUGUACAGCUUUGCCAUCAUCGCCCAGGAGAUUGUCCUCAGGAAGAGUACCUUCUACACCGAGGCCUGCUCCGACCGAGCAGAAAAGCUGUCCAGGGUCAUCGUGUCCUACUUCAGACCUGAUCUGAACCUCGACGCAGCUUCAGAGAACGAAUUGGAGGUGAACAUGUUGAUAAAGAGCUGCUGGGAUGAGGACCCAGAGAAAAGGCCCGACUUCAAGAAGGUGGAGAACUGCCUGGGAAAAAUCAUCAGUAAAAUUCACAACCAGGACAAUGAGAGCUAUCUGGACAACAUGAUCAGACGGCUACAGAUGUACUCCAAGAACCUGGAGCACCUGGUGGAGGAGCGGACAGCCCUGUACAAGGCCGAGAGAGAUCGAGCGGACUACCUCAACUACAUGCUGCUGCCUCGUCCGGUGGUGAAAAGCCUGAAGGAGACCGGCGUGGUGGAGCCCGAGCUGUACGACGAGGUGACCAUAUAUUUCAGCGACAUCGUGGGCUUCACCACCCUGUGCCAGUACAGCACCCCGAUGGAGGUGGUCGACAUGCUCAACGACAUCUACAAGGGCUUCGACAGCAUCGUCGACCACCACGACGUGUACAAGGUGGAGACCAUAGGCGAUGCCUACAUGGUGACCUCCGGCCUGCCCAAGAGAAACGGGAACAGGCAUGCGGUGGAUAUCUGCCGCAUGGCGCUGGACAUCCUGGCCUUCAUGGGCACCUUUCAGCUCCGACACCUGCCUGGUAUCCCGGUGUGGAUACGCAUCGGCGUACAUUCAGGUCCGUGUGCAGCCGGUGUUGUCGGGAUGAAGAUGCCCAGAUACUGUUUGUUUGGAGACACGGUCAACACAGCGUCUCGUAUGGAGUCUACGGGACACCCUCUACGGAUCCACGUCAGUGAGCCGACUAUAGACAUCCUGCAGAGGACAGACUGCCAGUUUGAGUACGAGAUGAGAGGAGAAACAUACCUGAAGGGGAAAGGCAUGGAGAUGACGUACUGGUUGACAGGCGAAACCGGCGAAGACUACGACCUCCCUACUCCACCCACAACGGAGAACUUCCAGCGGCUCCAGCAGGACCUGGCCCAGAUGAUCCUGUCGUGUCUGGAGCGCCGCUCUCGAGGCUCCGUGCGGAAGAAGAAAACUCUCUCAUCUCAGAGCGAGGAGGACGGGAUGGAAGCGGAGUCCGAGGCGGAGUCUGAAAACAGCCCGCUCGAGUAUCUGCAUCUGGCCACUGUGGACAACACUCUCAGUACCUUCCUGUAAACCCUGCAGUCAGACAAGGACACGAGAGCAACCUGCAAUGACUCAGCUAUAAAUGUUAUUUCCAUCAGAUUUCUCCAUUUCCCUUCGUUUGCAGAGGUUCAUUGAUUUGUGUUUUCCAUUAUAUUCACUCUUUGGUUAUAAUCCGAGC